CCAAACCCGGAACAACAACGUUCGUGCAAAUGUGCACAGGUACUCGUACGUAAAAUUAGAGCUGCGAGAACAAAUUAAAGAUGCUUUACUGGAUGAACGGGAACAGCGGCAGCUCGGAGAACCUCGACAGCCUCAAUAACAUGUCCAAGACGGAGAUCCUGAGAGGAAUCGUCACCGAGAAACUGACAACAGCCGCGCAGGAAAUCUUAGCGGUGGUAGAGAGAACCGUAGCCGGGUACGAGGAGGAGGCUUCGGGCUUCAGACGGGAGAUCGACCGGCAGAGGAGGCAGCUGGAGGUUCUCCUGCAGCCUCGGGUCAAACUAGAGAAAAGAGCCCUGAACCCAGAUGUUGAAGGCCCUGAGGUGGAAGAAGAGGAGGAGGAGGAGGAGCAGCGGCGGCGGCGGCGCACACAUCAGUCAGGUGUGGAGGACACUGGGAGCCUGGGCCUCAUGUGGUUUGAUGAUGAUGAUGAUGAAGAGGGUGACGACGAAGAGCAGCAGCUGUCAGCACAACCGGCAACUAGCUCCAGAAAGAGACGAGAAGAUCUGAAGGACCCAGAUUAUCAAAUAAAAUCAAGGUCAUUUUCCCCCAGAGGCCGGUCUGACAGGAGAAGGCUCGGCAGACCUCGGAUCAUUGACACACAGGACCACAUCGAUCUCAAGAUCCGCAUCCUGGAGCACUCACAAGCCGAUAUGCUCUCAAGAAGCGUGUUUCAGAAAUGUCCGGUGCAGGAGCUGCAGUGUCCUCUGGGACUGCAGGAGGCGGACUUCCUCGACCUGCUGAGGUCCACCUUCCCUCAGCUAGCUGCUCAGAAACAUUUUGACUUCUUCACAUCCGACAGGAGCAGGAGGCUCCAGUCUCUGAGAGCAAAGACGCUGACACCAGAGGAGAUCUACAGGAGCAUCAGGCUCACCGGAGCAGGACACUCAGCCCUCUACAUCCGACUGAAGACAGGAGAGGAUCCCCAGACCAGCGGCAAAGACCUUCAUCCUGUACAGAGGCCAGAUGAUGCCACUAAAGACUCUCCACCCAGCUCCGCCACCAUGUCGGCUGAUGAAACCCAAACGUGCUCCUGGUUAUCAUCUCCCAGCAGUUCGUCUGGGAAGAGGAGGCGUGGCAGACCUCGCCUGGGUGAAGGACCGACUCACCACUUCCUCAAAGUGUGCAUGCUGGACGAUUCCCAGUCCGACGUCCUCUCAAAAAAUGUGUUUCAGAAAUGUCCGGUGCAGGAAUUGCAGUGUCCUCGUGGCCUACAGGAGGCGGACUUCCUGGACUUGCUGAGGUCCACUUUCCCUCAGCUGGCAGGAGACGACAAACGUUUUCACGUCUUCAAGUCCGACAGGAGCAGGAGGCUCCAGCGGCUCAAAGUGAAGACGCUGACACCAGAGGAGAUCUACAGGAGCAUGAAGUCCACCGGCGUAGAAAAGACGCUCCUUUACAUCCGACUGAAGACAGGAGAGGAGGAGGAGGAGGAAGAAGAGGAAGAAGAGUUCCACCUUUUACAGAGAAGCGACGACACCACCACCGAUUCUCCGUCCACGGCCGCUGAAGUGAUAAAAACUGAUGAAGCCAAGCUCAGCUCAAGCAGCUCAACAUCCCAACAACAGGCCAUGGAAACAGGGGAAGCUGAUGAUGAUGCUGCUGAGAGCCAAGUGGACUCCAACAAUGACGGUGACAAAGAAGGAGAUGAGGCGUUUGACGGAGACGAAGACUGGAAACCAGAUCCUGAGGUGCAGUCGCCAAAGAAGAGGAGGAAGCAAGAGUCCAAAUUGUCUGGUGUGAAGGGGCAGUUGAUUGGGAGCAGUAAAACGCCCUGUAAAGUCUGUGGAGUUUGGUACAGGAUACUGGGCAGUUUGAUCAAACACGCCUGGAGUCACGUUGAGGAUCCACAGCUUGUUUGUGGAGUGUGUGGAGAGAAGUUUGAAUCUGUGGAAGAGUUAAAGGGACAUCUUAGAAAGUAUCAAAAAACUCACGACUGUUCAUUUUGUGCAAAGUCUUUCCUCACAAUCACCGGCCUCAACUCCCACACCACUCUACACACAGGAGACAGACCGUUUAAAUGUGACGUUUGCAACAAAACCUUUGCUCAGAUUUCCACCUUGAGUGUUCACCGUUGGGUCCACGUGGCUGAUAAACCACACAAGUGUGAUAUUUGCCCGAAGGCGUUUGGUCUAAAGGCGCAGCUCAGAGCUCACAGCAAGAUGCACGCAGGUAGAGACAAGUACCACUGCAAUGUUUGUGGUAAAUCUUUCUAUGACUUGCGAUCUUUAACCCGCCACAAGACGACUCACUCGGGGGAGAGACGUUACGGCUGUGAGGUUUGUGGGAAGCGUUUCAAACUUCCCGGAACGUUGAAGUCGCACGAGAAGAUCCACACCUCGAGAGACCGGCCGUACCUCUGCCACAUCUGCUGCAAGACGUUCUUUUCAAACUGCGGCUUAACAACUCACAUGAGAACGCACAGCAACGACAGGCCGUUCCUCUGCAGCAUAUGUAGCAAAGGCUUCAUAUCCAACGGUGAGCUGAAGGCGCACACGCGCGUGCACACCGGUGAGGCACCGUACGGCUGCUCGGAGUGCGGCCGCUUUUUUAAACGCAAGACUCACCUGACCAACCAUGUGAGGACCCACCUGGGCAUCAAACUGUUUGUCUGUGGGGUUUGUGGGAAAGCGUGCUCUCGCCAAGAACACCUGACGGUCCACAUGAGAACCCACAAUGGAGAGAGACCGUAUCAGUGCACCGUCUGCGACAAAGCCUUCACUCAGAGCCACUGUCUGAAAACACACAUGAAGAGCCACCAGGGGGAGGAAAACCCUUUCCUGAACGCAUCCACCUCCUAAAAGACAUUUUAUUAGCCUGUUCUGUCUGAAGAGAAACGGAACAACAUAUUUUUUUCUAAAGAUUUCAUUGUCACUGAAAAAAAUUGACACAGUGUCCGAUCCAAACAAGCAUCCUGCCUUACAUCUGGAGGAUGUGUUUUGUAGGUCGGCCCAUCUCUGUAGCACCACAAUGCUUCAUUUAUAAUCGUAUACUGCGACAAGUUUUACCAUUAUCAAAAAAUUGUAGCUCCUAUGAUUUGGAGUUUGCUAAACGGAAACAGAAAAUUCACCAGAAGUUCUAGAUUACCUCCAUCUAACAUGUUUUUUUUCAGAACUACAUGUUUUAGUUUCACCAUAUUGUGAUUUCGAUAACAUUUUGAAUAAUUGUUCAGUGACAGUAUUGGAAAACGAAAUCCGGCCCUACUUUUCAAAAAUUGCUUUCACAAGUCAUUGGUUUUAUUUAACAAAUAAUGAUUUGGUAUACGUACCAAAAAACAGUGUUUUGAUAUCUAAAAUGUAAAACGAUACUCAUCUCUAGUUUUUAUUAUUAUCUCAGGUUCCAUGAAACUGACAUUUUAUGAACAAAAUCUGAAAACAUAUCUAAUCAUUGUUGUAAAAAAUGAUUGUGCGCCAGAUGCCAUUGUUGUUGAAGAAGGUCUCAGAAGCUCAGUAAGACUUUUACAGCGUGUUUCAGGAACUCUGCUGAGGUGAUUACUAUGGAAGAGGAUUGGGGCCUAGUGAAUUCUUUUUUUAGUUCUUUUUUUAGAGUUUCCGAUAUCACUGACAUCAAUGACAUAACUAACGGUGCCAAAAUAAUGAUCGGAGUAGUGUCCGAAACUGUUUUAACUCUACAUUCAACUCCCUACAUGGGGGUAGUGAAUGAGUGGGUAUUUCGGACACAGCCUGAGAUUAAAGUCAGAAUUUUGAGAUUAAUCUUAGAAUUCUGAUCUUAGAGUUCUAAAAUCAGAAUUCUGAGAAAAAAGUCAGAAUUCUAAUCGUCAGAAUUCUGACUUUAAUCUUAGAAUUUUGAGAUUAAAGUCAGAAUUCUGACGAUUAGAAUUCUGACUUUUUUCUCAGAAUUCUGAUUUUAGAAUUCUAAGAUCAGAAUUCUAAGAUUAAUCUCAGAAUCCUGAGAUUAAAGUCAGAAGUAUUGGGUACCUGUAAGAGUCCCAUGUGAAAGAAUCAGUUUGCAUUUUGUUUCUCAGAAUUGUGACUUUAAACUCAGAAUUCUGAACUCAGAACUCAAAAAGUUUCACAUGUGGCCCUAAUCCUCUUCCGUAGAUCACAGAGCCAGCAAUACAACGUGUGGACACAUGCGUUGCCAACAUCAAACCUGAAGAAGGCUUCUUUUCACAAUUUAUCUCUCGGUCUUUCCCUACCAGGUGGUCUUCAACUGCCAAUCUGCUGGGUGUUUAGACUCCAGUGCAUUAACUACAUCACAUUGAAAUCUAAUGGACUCAUGUUUUGACUCCCAAACGGAGAGAGUCAGUCUGCAAACAUACAAGAUUCCAAGAAAAUACCGUUAUCUGCUACCAUGGUGGUUGAAUUAGGGGACUCCCAGAUAAGGAGGGAGACAGAGGCCAAGAGCUAUGGCUGGAAGGUUUAAGGACCUUCUACUUGUGGGGUCAGCUAGUGACCCUGACUACCUGGACCUGAGUUGUAUGUUACCUGAUUUAAGUCUGCCACAAUCAUCUGUUGCAAAAGGAUUAUUAGUCUGAUCAAACUUUAAGUGAUUGUUAUGAUGAUUCUAGGGUCGUAGCAGUGAGCAGGAUUAACAGUCCUGUACUGUGGUUUUCAUUAAGAGAAACGUAAUCUGAUCUGACAGCUUUGUGAGUAGUAGUCGUGUUGUACUUCGUGUUGUAUUUACUGCUUCCAGCUCAUGUACAGUUCCCGUUUGCAAACGCGAGUCCUUGUUAAACUUUGUUGUGUAGAACGUCAUGGUGCCAUUUCAUGAAGAGUGAACGCAAACUGUAUGUUGAUAUAGUUCUUAUAUUUUUACUUAAUUUCUUACUUACAUUAGUUUUUAUUAGUUGUAGUUUAUUCUGAUUCCACUGCUGACAUAAAGCCUUUUGUUUUCAAUGUUGCAUUCAGGGCAAGUGGGAAAUGGGAUGUUUCCUCAAACUGAGUAGUUUAAAUUCACUCAACUCUAAAUUGCUUCCCAAUUGAUUUUAUACAUUUUUAGGUAUCUUGACGAAUGUGACAUCAGAAAACUUCCAAAUCCCAUGUGGUCCUGAAUGCAGCAUAUGGUGCCUUGAACUGCAUGUUUUUCUCAACAGGUAUUAUUCAACUAUUAACAGCAAAUAUCUUGUUUUUAUGUUUUUACUUCUGCAGCCAAAUGAACAGCAUACAGCUUACAUACAUGUACACUGUUAAAAAAAAAAAAAAAGUGACCCUGCUUGUUACUAUACAACAUAUGUGACCAUAAUAAAACUACAUUCUGUGAAAAA